GUCUGUCCAGGGGAGUUUAGUACAUCAGGGCAGAAAGUCAGAACAGAAAAGCAAACAGCUGAGAACAAGAGCAAGAAGGAAGAGAAGAGUGACAGCUACUGGACGGAGGAAGAUAGAGAGAGAGAGAGAGAAAGAGAGGAGCAGCAGAACGGAGAGGGAGGAGAAAAGAGAGAGAGAUAAGAGUGUGACAAACGGGAGACAUCGAGAGGAAGCACAUGGUGUAAAAAUGCCCACCAACUUCACUGUUGUCCCGGUGAAGGACGGCACGAGAAAAGCAAGAAAGGGGGAUGAGGAGGAUGAUGUGGAUGACAACAACGUACUGAAAGAGGAAGAGGAAGACACCCCAGGUGAUGGUGUUCCAAAGGAAAACAGUCCCUUUAUCAACAACACAGACAAUGACAAAGGCAACAGCUAUGAUGGCACCAACAUGGCUCUUUUUGAGGAGGAAAUGGACAGCAACCCCAUGGUGUCAUCUCUCCUCAACAAACUUGCAAACUACACCAAUCUCACCCAGGGGGCCCAGGAGCAUGAGGAAGCCGAUGAUGAUGAGGGGCCCAAAAAGAAAGCUGUUAAGAGCCCACAGAUGGGGACCUUCAUGGGUGUCUACCUCCCCUGCCUCCAGAAUAUUCUGGGGGUCAUCCUGUUCCUCCGCCUUACCUGGAUUGUCGGCACUGCCGGCAUCUUGGAGUCCCUGGCUAUUGUCGGCUUGUGCUGCUCUUGUACCAUGCUGACAGCCAUAUCCAUGAGUGCAAUCGCUACCAACGGCGUGGUGCCAGCUGGAGGUUCGUACUAUAUGAUUUCCAGAUCUCUUGGCCCAGAGUUUGGUGGAGCUGUAGGCCUCUGUUUCUACCUGGGAACAACGUUCGCUGGCUCCAUGUACAUCCUGGGUACUAUAGAGAUUCUUCUGACCUACAUUGUGCCUAAAGCAGCCAUCUUUGUGGCUGAGAAAAAGGAGGACCAAGUCGAUGCUCUGCUGAAUAACAUGCGUGUUUACGGCACAUGCUGCCUAGCACUGAUGGCUGUGGUCGUCUUUGUGGGGGUGAAAUAUGUCAACAAGCUAGCUUUAGUCUUCCUAGCCUGUGUCAUUCUUUCCAUCCUCGCCAUCUACGCUGGAGUCAUCAAGACCAUCUUUGAGCCACCAGACUUUCCUGUUUGCAUGUUGGGAAAUCGCACUCUGCAGAACCACUUCUUUGACAAGUGUCUUAAGUUUGAGGUUGUAGACAACGUGACGGUCACCACCAAGCUGUGGUCUCUGUUCUGUGACAAGCCUGAGCUCAAUGCCACCUGCAACGAGUAUUUUGUCAACAACAAUGUUACUCUGGUGCAGGGCAUCCCCGGGCUGACCAGCGGAGCCAUUUCAGAAAACAUGUGGUCAGAGUAUGGUCCUCUGGCUAUGUUGGUAGAAAACAGAAAGUUGUCAUCUCUUGGGGGAAGUGACCCUGCCCAGGACAUCUACUUGCCGUAUGUAGUCAAUGAUAUCACCACCUUCUUCACACUGCUGGUCGGCAUCUACUUCCCCUCUGUCACUGGUAUCAUGGCUGGUUCAAACCGGUCAGGUGACUUGAGGGAUGCCCAGAAGUCCAUUCCUAUUGGGACCAUCUUGGCUAUUGCUACCACCUCUGUCAUCUACGUCACCUGUGUGGUUCUGUUUGGGGCCUGCAUUGAGGGCGUUUUGCUUCGAGACAAAUUCGGUGACUCAGUGAAAGGAAACCUUGUUAUAGGCACAUUGUCAUGGCCCUCACCCUGGGUCAUUGUGAUUGGCUCGUUCUUCUCCUGCUGUGGGGCGGGGCUGCAGAGUUUGACCGGAGCCCCGCGCCUUCUGCAGGCCAUCGCACGAGAUGGCAUUGUACCUUUCUUACAGGUGUUUGGUCACGGGAAAGCUAACGGAGAACCUACCUGGGCUCUUCUGCUGACUGCUGGUAUCUGUGAGAUCGGCAUCCUCAUCGCCUCACUGGACGCCGUGGCUCCUAUCCUCUCCAUGUUUUUCCUCAUGUGCUAUCUGUUUGUCAACCUGGCCUGUGCUGUUCAGACCCUGCUGCGAACGCCCAACUGGAGACCACGCUUCAAAUACUACCACUGGGCUCUGUCCUUCCUGGGAAUGAGCUUGUGCCUUGCUCUCAUGUUCAUUUCCUCCUGGUACUAUGCUAUUGUUGCCAUGGCCAUCGCUGGGUGCAUCUACAAAUACAUUGAAUACAGAGGGGCAGAGAAGGAGUGGGGUGAUGGUAUCCGUGGUCUGUCGCUGAAUGCAGCCCGCUACGCCCUCAUUCGCCUUGAGGAGGCUCCACCACACACCAAGAACUGGAGGCCUCAGUUGUUGGUGCUCCUGAACCUGGACUCAGAUCAAGCAGUCAAACACCCUCGUCUGCUGUCCCUCACCACUCAGCUCAAGGCAGGAAAAGGCCUGACAAUAGUGGGAAAUGUUUUAGAGGGAACAUAUCUCACUAAAGAUGCAGAGUCCAAAAGGGCUGAGCAGAACAUCAAGUCCUCCAUGUCAGCAGAGCGGACCAAGGGUUUCUGUCACGUUGUGGUGUCUUCAAACCUCAGAGAUGGCGUCUCCCACCUCAUCCAGUCUGCAGGGCUGGGAGGCAUGAAGCACAACUCAGUCCUGAUGGCCUGGCCUGGGACCUGGAGGCAGUCCAAUGACCCGCAGUCAUGGAAGAAUUUCAUAGAGACGAUACGGGAGACCACAGCCGCCCAUCAGGCCUUACUUGUGGCGAAGAAUGUGGACAGUUUCCCCACCAACCAGGACCGUCUAGGGGAGGGCACCAUUGAUGUGUGGUGGGUGGUCCAUGAUGGGGGCAUGCUGAUGCUGCUGCCCUUCCUGCUGCGACAGCACAAGGUGUGGAGGAAAUGCAAGAUGCGCAUCUUCACUGUGGCCCAGAUGGACGACAACAGCAUCCAGAUGAAGAAAGAUCUCCAGAUGUUCCUUUACCACCUGCGAUUGGAUGCAGAGGUGGAAGUGGUGGAGAUGCAUGAUAAUGACAUCUCAGCCUUCACCUAUGAAAAGACGCUGGUGAUGGAGCAGAGGUCUCAGAUGCUGAAACAGAUGCAACUGUCCAGGACUGAGAGGGAGAGAGAGAUUCAGAGUAUCACUGAUGAAUCGCGUAGUUCAAUCCGGAGGAAGAACCAGGGCGCUGCCCAGGGCCCGAGCUUCAGCCGGCAGUCCUCACCGUUGGAGGACACUCAGGAGGAUGAGGCCCAGCUUAUCCAUGACAGGAACACAGCAUCUCAUGCCACGAUAAAUGACAAAGCUGACACCGGGCCUGACCGGGUUCACAUGACUUGGACCAAGGAUAAGCUGUUCACAGAGCGCAAUCGUAACCGCGAGUGCAACGCCAACGUGGCUGUGCGUGACCUGUUUAACAUGAAACCAGAGUGGGAGAGUCUGAACCAGUCUAAUGUUCGCCGGAUGCACACAGCUGUCAAGCUGAACGAGGUGGUGGUCAACAAGUCCCAGGGAGCUCACCUGGUUCUACUGAACAUGCCUGGACCCCCUCGGAACAGGGGAGGAGACGAAAACUACAUGGAGUUCCUGGAGGUUCUCCUCGAGGGUCUGAACCGGGUCCUUCUGGUGCGAGGCGGUGGCCGUGAAGUCAUCACCAUCUAUUCUUAAAAAAACCUCUUUGACCCCACACUGCACACAUGGGCUGUUGCCAUGGAUACCGGUCAACGGGCAUUCUUGGGGAAUGAAUCCAAACUGGGUUUUUAUGAAAGGCAGGGGUUGUUGGAAGGCGGGACCACUUGUGAUUGACCGAUGGCGUGAAGGGCCUGAGGAUGAAGGAAACAGUUAGCGUUGAGUCAGCUGACUGGCUGAGAGAGUGAGCACAGUGUGAGUCCACGCCGGGCCACAGAACCCCUGCUCAUGGAAGAUAGAGCAUAGAGACACUUUAUAUUUUUCAUUUAACUCUGAAAACGUUGUUCUGUUCUGUUAUAUUUUCAUAUUCUUUCCCUCUUGUGUUGAUGUUGUCAAGUUACUGGCACUCACUGUGUAAAGAUAAGCAAAGAAGAAGUGAACAUGUGCUGUUGAUAUGAAACUCGUAGUCUAUCAUGUUGUCUGGUGCACUCGACUGUGGGAGGGGCAGAGACGUUUGCUGAACCUGAGGAAAAGAUGACAAGUUAUAAAACGAAUUUGAACUCAAAUAAGUAAAUACACACAGAAAAGUAGAAAACCAUCUGUCAGCACUCUGCUGCAGAAAGCUCACUCCUAACAGCACCUACUGAGGUUUUAAUAUCAAAUCCAGUCUGCUGAUCUAUAUGGUCUGCGUCACCAUUUGUACUUACAUGUUUUCAUUUAAAAUAGCUUCUCAGAAACUCUUUGAGUCUGAAAGGACAAACAGUUAGUUUAGAAACUGCUGAAACAUCCUGGUUAGGUUGUAGAACGACGGUGGGCUCGUGUCUGUAGUUGAAGCGUCUCCUCUGAAGCUGUAGUGUUGUUACUCUGUGGUUGUUUGCCUUGUCAUGAUUUAGUGAAGGACUAGCCAGAAGGAUGUUGAACAUUACCCAGACGAUCUUCUGUUAGGUGGGAGGGAGCUUUUUAGAUAUCAGGUACUGACACUUUAUCACUGAUCAUCAUUUCCCACCCUCAAAGAAUGCUGUUUUUUUAAUAGGGAAAAUAGCCAUAAUUAAUAUUCUAGGAGCUUUAUAAUGUAACAUAUUAAAUGCACAUGUACAUUUAUGGUGUCUGAAGUAGUGCUCAGUUGGGAAUGUCAAAAUUUUUUUUAAAUUGAAGGGCUGUUUGACAGCAUAUAGUAGCUGAAUAAAUUGGCUCGUUGAUCCAAACAAAUCUUAAGUUUGCCUUCAGAAAUGUUGGCGUUUAACAAAGUAUACUUUUUAAAAUGUAAAAGCACAAACUGAUACAUGUGAAUUUGUGUCAUUUCAAAUUUCUUUUAUGUCGUUUCACCCGAUAUUAAACAAAUAGUGACGUAGUUACAGCACUGUUGACUUUGCACUACCGAUCAUUCAGCACUUAAAUCGUUGUGCUCUCUCACUUACUUCUACUGCUUACAGUGACACUUUCUAUCGGUUGACACACCACUACAUUCAAGAAAAAAUGCAGACAGCCAACAGUUCCAAAGUAAAUGCUCACGUUUCAAUGUUUUUAUAAUAUUUUACCAAACAAAAAAUGUUUUGGCUUUGAGUCCCAGGCUGAGCAGAUGAACAGUUACGAGCAUGUGUGGGAGGAAAAAGUGCCAAAAUGACUACAAAAGAAACUGUGGGAGUACUAUUACUAUUACAAUGCUUCUUCUAGCAUGACAUGCAGCUACAUUGACAAUCUUUCAUUUUUGGAUAGUCAUCACUUCUGCCAUAACUCAUGUAAAAUGCUGAAAGUAAAUGAUUGAGGAAAUACAGCAAAUAGUGCGAUUUCCAGGGCAUUUCAAACCUUCACACCUGGGCUGAAAGAAAAGACAGAGGAAAGAGGGAAACCGGAUUCAACUCUUUCACACGUGUACUUCCACAGUUUCUUUUCAAAAUUAGCUGUGCAGUAUUUUGUAAAGCAGAACGACACAUUUUCCUGCAGUUCUUUGUGGGGAAACGUGAACUUCUGACUGUCAGUUAUGCAGCAUCUGUGUUUUGUUGAGUUUUGUUCAGUUGUUGAUGUAUGCCUGUUUAACUAUUUAGUCAUGGUCUCUGUAGUGUUUGUUACAUUAUAACUGAUCUGUUACUUUAAGUGUUAAUUUUUGGUGUGAUUUCUAUGGACGGAGGCAGAGGGAGGAGGUUAUGUGCGAAGACGGCGGCAGUUGUCAGAUUUUUUGGUUUUUGGUUCCAACCUACCAGAAACACAACAUGCACAACACGUAGGACUGAAGACCCUGGACUGAAAGUAUUAACAAACACGAGUGAAGCAACCAGGGUGAAAAUGAAUGGUUUCAAUAAUUAUCACUCACUAUAUAAAGUUCAAACUGUUUCAGUUUCUUUGUUCAGUUUUCUAUUUUAGCCACCACAAACAAAUACAUAUGAUGCAUUAAUAAAUUUGUGUAGUUUGAAGUUAGAGACAUUGAAAGUUGUAAAGAUAAAUUAUUAAAGAAGUUUCUUUUUGUUUUUAAUUUGGUCACUGAGCUGAAUAGCAGUAGCUGUACGUAAAGGAAACAUAAACUACAUAAAACCUUAAACAGAAGUUGUAAAAUAAAAAAGAAAACUGUUUCUGGAGGUAAAUAGGAUCGUCAGCAGUGUGUGUUUCACGGCUCUAAUGUUUGAGGUGACUGGAGAAUGUUAUCUACCUCAAGUUGUCACUGAGGCUCAGCUGAGGAAAUAAGAACUUGUUCGAUCACAUCGCUCUUUCAGAACUGAUGUUAUGAAUGGAUUCAUGGAAGGAAAAAUAAAGAAAUAAAGCCUCUGCUACGUGAGAGGACCAGCAGAGUAGUGUGUGUUGUGUGUGUGUGAGAGAGAGAGAGCGUGUGUGUGUGUUCCGUUGUGAGGUGAAGCUGUGUGUGUUUCUGCUGUUGUCCGGCUCAGCUGGCAGGCCUCACAGGCUGGAACAGGAAGUCACUUGUGGGCGCACAUGUAGAAGAAGGUAGCCCUGUAAAUUGUAUUUGUGCCUCUGAGUAAUUAUUAAAAGUGCUGAAAUAAACCAGU